AUGGGAGCAGCAAGGAAGAUGCAAGCAGAGAUGGAGAAGACGCUGAAAAAGGUGCAAGAGGGAACGGAUCUCUUUGAGGAGAUCUGGAAAAAGAUGGAGGACGCGACAGAGUCGACCAAGAAGGAGAAAUCUGAGGCAGAACUGAAGCACCAGCUGAAGCGCCUGCAAAGGUCCCGCGAGCAGAUACGGCUGUGGCUUGCAUCCUCCGAUAUCAAGGCGAUCGACAAGAAGAGCCUCGAGGGCGCGCGGCGACAGAUCGAGUCCGACAUGGAGCGGUUCAAAAUCUGCGAGCGUGCUGCUAAGAUCAAGGCCUUCUCGAAGGAAGGGCUGGAGCUGCAACCGAAGAUCGAUCCAGAAGAAGCGGCAAAAGAGGAGGCUAAAGACUUCAUCAACAAGUCGCUGGACGAUUUGCAGCUUCAAGUGGACGAGUUCGAGUCCGAGAUGGAAACCAUCAGCGGCGCCUCAGCAAAGGCGCAGAAGAAAGACAUUGGACGUCUGCAGGAAUUGGAGAAGGUGGAUGGCCAGCACAAAUGGCACAAGGCAAAGCUCGAGCAGAAGGCGCGGCGGGUGCUCACGCGGCCGCGCCCAAACCCUGCGCAGGUGCACCGGCUGCUGGAGAACCAGGAGAUCACGCCGGAAGACGUGCUGGGCCUGCGGGACUCGCUGGAGUACUACCUGGAGCAGAACCAGAGCCCGGACUUCUUCUUCGAUGACACCAUGUACGAAGAGCUGCCGAUGGACAAGCUGGACGCGAAAGUGGGCGAAGAGCUGACGAGCCUAUCGAAGGUACUUCCGCUGCCAAAAGAAGCAACGAAAAAGCCCGCUACGGAGCCUCAGGCUUCCCCGCCGUCCCCAGCUUCCAACAAGGCCCCGCUCAAGCCACUCCCUUCGCCCAAGGCCCCUCCGGCAGUCAGGACGUCCGCAUCUCCUCCCGGAACAGGGCCUCUUUCCGCUCCCACUUCUCCCCGCCCGCAACUCGCUUCCCCGGCGGUCCUCGCCAAAGCCGCGGCCGACCAAGCUGUCGAUCCCGCGGCAGCGGCCGCGGCCGCGGCCGCGGCGGCGUCUGAGUCUCCGCUCGCGCGCGCCAUUGCGAGCGCGCAGGCCGCCCUCAAAGCGCCGCUAAACCCCGAGCUGAGCGCGAGCGUCGUCGAGGAGCGGCUCGCGACCGCGGAGGCUGAGGCCGCAAGCGCGGCCGCGCGCAUGAGCGCGUCGCUGCUCCUGGAGCCGCCAGAGCCGCAAAGCCCCAAAACCCCGCGCCGCCAGGUGGGCUUCAGCCCGGCCGCGCCGCCGGUUCGUGCCGCGCCUGAGCCGUUCGGUUCGAAGUUUCUCAUUGAGCCGCCGGAGGCGCGGUCGCCGAGGGCCGGCGCGGGGUUUAGGCAGGGUUUUGGUGCCGCGGCAGCGGGGCCCGCGGGUUUGUCACCGCGGAAGUGGGGCGGAAUGCCGACGGAAGUGACGGACGUCCGGAAGCUGAACAUGGGCGGCGGAGCGAGGAGUCCGAAGGGGACGCCGACCGGGUCGCCGCGCCAACCGGCCGUCACGCAGAUCUGGCAAGUGAAGGAGCCAACCGAACGAAAAUCACCCCAGGCGGAAAGAGCGGAACCCCCCGAAGCAUUACUAGACCAGCAUCAAACCCAAAACGAAGAGGCCCUGCGCAACGCGAUCGAGUCGCAUCUCAAGAAGGCAGAAGAGGCACGAGGACCGGAAACCCGCCCUUCCAGCGGAGAGUCUUCCACCCAAGUCCACCCGACUCCCGCCCCGACACCGUCGCCCAUUCUCACCCCCGAAAGCACUCCGGGAAUUAGAUUUGGUGCCUCUCCCGGGCCCAAUAACCGGUUGGUUUCCCAGUUCGGUUCCGGAAGACCGCCCAGCGAGCUACAGAUGGAAGAGAACAUGUUCCGCGAAACGGCCGGGGGGGUGGGAAGCCUGGCGGAAACCCCGGAAGCGGUGGGCAUGGCGGCGCUCGCGGGAGGCUCUACUCCGGAGCAGCUUGGGCGGCCAUUCAAUCUGGAGCGGCUCUUCUCGGGUAUGGGCGUACCGGAAGGCCUCCCAAUGUCGCCGGCGCCCAAGAACGAGCUUUUCGCGGCCGCGGCCGCGACCGGGGGCGCGGGCGCGGGAGGUGCGUUCCUACCAGCGCCGGGAUCGAGACUGCUGCCACCCAGACCGCCGCGGGCAGGCCUGGCCCCAUUUGCUCAGCAGUCUCCUCCCGUUCCCCCGGUAGCUCUCACCGAGCUCGAGCACCACCUUUUGCUGCGCGAGCGCAUGCGCGUCCACCAGGAACAGCUGGCACAGCUGGAGCAUAUGCGGAUGCAGCAAUUCCACGCCGCGGGGGGCUACUUUUACCCGCAGGGCCAGCCCCUCGGAAUGAUGCAGCCGCCUGAGUGGCGGGAGCAAGGUCCCCAUUUUCAGAACCCGCAGGAACGGCGUCCGACCCCCGCCGCCACUGGCUUUCCGUUUCCGGGCAGGACCAGACCGGAACCCGCGGACGUUCAGCCGGGCUCCGGCGGCCCCCGCCCAGCUUCCGCUGGCCCGCGACCCGCUUCUGAAGGCGGCAGACCCGGUUCCGGCGGAGCGAGACCCGGCUCUGGCGGAACGAGACCAGGCUCGGGCGGAAAUCGACACGGUUCCGGCAGCUUUAGUCCACCGACAGGUCAAUUAAGGCCCCGCUCUGGUGGUCGAGUGUCGGGUUCCGCCAGCGGAAGGCCCGGUUCCGGAGGUAGCGCGCCCAGUUCCGCUGGCGGAAGACCCGGUUCCGGCGGCGAACGCCCAGGGUCUGGCAGCAAGAGGCCCGGAUCUGCCCCGGGAGGUCCGCUUUCUCCCGAGAAGAAGCGUUCCGCCGGAACGGGACCGGAGGAGAGUCGCAAGGCGGCGGAAGACAGGGAACGGCUCGAGGCGCUCGAGAACGGAAUGGGGCAGUACUUCGGAGACGAGACGCCCAGGCUGCUCCGCCCGCCGGAGUUCCCCGCCAGCUACCCGACGACGUCCAUCGCCAAGGACCACGAGGCCGCGCUCUUCCGCAAACUGGACCUCGAGACGCACUUCUUCGCCUUCUACUUCCAAAAGAACACGGUGUCCCAGUACCUGGCCGCGCGCGAGCUGAAGCGCAACUCGUGGCGGUACCACAAGAAGCACUGCACCUGGUUCCAGCGCCACUGCGAGCCCGAGUUUGUGACGGACGACGGCGAGACCGGUGCGUACCGUUACUUUGACUUCAACCUGCACGCGCAGGACCCGGGAGUGGCGUCCGGGCCCCCUGAGGGAUGGUGUCAGCGCAUCAAGGAGCGGUUCCUGUUCGAAUACAAGCACCUGGAGGACGAGCUGCCUGUGCCAGAGCCGAUCGACCUCUUUGCAGGCAGAUUCUGA